GUUUUGCUGUCCAUCCUGUGAAAGAUGUCAUGGAGAUCUUUAAUUCCUCUUCUUCUCAUCCUGCGAUCUUCAGUCGAUGGGAAGUUUAUAGUUACAACUUCAAAAGAGCCGAUCGUUGUCACAGUCGGCCAGGAUGUUGUUCUGGAAUGUCAGCUGAUCCCAGCGGAAGCUCCUGAGGAAAUGGAAGUGCGGUGGUUCCGAAAAGACUGGAACAACGUUGUCCAUAUGUACUGGAAGGGAAAGGAUGAUCCUAAGUUACAAAUGAAGGAUUAUUCUGGGAGAACAGCACUGUUCCACGAGCACUUUGCCAAUGGCAAUACCUCCCUCCUGUUGAAGAACAUUUCUGUGAAAGACAAUGGCACCUUCAGAUGUUUUGUCAUCUCCAAAGCUGAGGACGCUGAGGGAUCGGUUGAACUGAAAGUUGGAAGUGUGGGCCUUCAACCUGUGAUGAAGAUGGCUGGCUACAAGGGCAAUAGAAUCAAACUUGCGUGUGCAUCCGACGACUGGUUUCCAGAACCGAGCAUAGAAUGGUGGAACAGCAAGGGAGACAAACUGCCUGGAGCCUCCAAGAAACCGGUAAAGGACGCCAGGGGACUCUUGAAAGUGGAGAGCAGUCUCACUGUGGGUGAUAGUUCUGAUAACGUGUAUAAAUGCACCAUCACCAACACGCUGCUGAAGACAGGGCGAAAGAGCACCUUGCAGAUAUCAGGUGAAUUCUUCCCCGUGGCCUCUGGCUGGUCUCUGGCUUUCCGGAUAACUCUUUUUCUCCUGGAAGGAAUUUGUGUUGUUUUAUACUUCUAUCGGAAACAACAGAAACAACGUAAUCUAAUGAGAGAAUUUGAAAUACUGAUUGCGAAGCUCAAAAAGAAUAAUCUGUUAAAACAGAUCGAAAAUGAAAGGCAGCCUGCCAAAUUAGAAUCUGAGAAGCUGCUCCAUCUUAUUGAGUGGGACAAGAUGCUUAGAUGCGCAGCUUCAGUCACCCUGGACCCCGACACAGUGAACAGAAACCUGGACGUGUUGCUGGAUUGCCUGGCGGUGAAGGACAGUGGCAGGUGGCGCAACGUCACGGAGAACCCGAAACGCUUCGAGCGGUACCCGUUCGUCAUGGCCAGCGAAGGCUUCCAGUCAGGAAAGCAUUACUGGGAGGUGGAGGUGGGUGACUCCAAUAACUGGGACCUGGGCGUGGCCCGGGGCUUGGUGAGACGGAGCGGGCGCAUCGUUCUGGACGAAGAGAACGGAUACUGGGUCGUCGGGCGCUACUGGGACAAGUACGAGGUGAAAAACGCGGAGAAGACGGAGCUGAUCCUCCGCGAGAAGCCCACAAAGGUCAGGGUUUUCCUCAACUGGGAGGAAGGGUUGGUCUCGUUCCACAACGCAGACACGAAAAGCCAGCUCCACGUCUUCAGGACGCACUUUGAGGAGGAGAUCUUUCCCUUCUUCUGCCCUUGGCGGUCUCAAGAGCCGUUGAGAAUCACUCCUGUUACACUGGAGAACUGACCAUUAACUCUCCUUGAAGCGCAGGGGCGGAGGUGGGCAGCCUAGAGGCCUACCGUCCAUCACUUCCACGUCCGUCAGAAACACGUACCCAACGAUUCUCAUCCCACUUUUCAGCUCUUGGCUGUGUAUGGCUUAGCAACACAAGUGCGGGAGGUCAGAUGUCAAUAUCUGCUCCCCUUUUUGUUUGUGAUGUUCCCCCACUGUGGAUAAUGUUAAAUGUCUAACUGCUAACUCUAACAGCCUGAUGCUUCCUGAUGUCAUUUCUGUACGGUAGGCUGUGCUGAUCAGAACUGGGAACAA